UGUGAAUACCUGUCUAUGGAAAUAAUGGAGCGCUGGAUCAUUAUUGGUUUCCUGUUGUGCCACAGCAGUCUGAACACAAACCAGGCCUCCCUGGAGCUUUGGAAAAUGGCUCUGCGGAGCGGCCUCUUCCUUAACCUCACCAGAGAAGAAGUCCUCAACAUACACAAAGUCUCUGAGGACCUCUUUGAUGGCAUAAAAGGAUACAGCAAGCGCAUUGCAGACAUCAAGGAAUGUCGUGAGCACGUUCUGGCCAACUGUGGAGCAAUGCACAGAGAGCGGAGGCAUUUUCUGAGAGUAGCACUGAAGGAACUGUUCAAAGUUCUUGAAGAUGAACCUGGACUUCUUGGACCAAAGGCCCUAUUUGUCAUGAUGGCUUUGUCAUUUUCCCGUGACGAGGUCAUGUGGCUCGUCAGACACUCAGAGAACAUGCCAAAGAUGAAGACGGUAGAUGACUACAAUGACAAUCAGAUGGCUGAGCUGCUGUAUUUUAUGGAGAAGUUGAGAGGACUGAUGAAAAAGUACAACCAUGUAGUCCAGCGUUACCAUGUUCAAUAUCUUGCACAGUUUGAUGCCUUGCUUCUCAAUGACACCAUACAGAACAUGUACGUUUGUCCAGAGGAGGAGUCGGUUCUGAUGAGCUCGUUUGUCUCAACCCUUUCUGCUCUUUCUAUUAAACAAGUGGACAACAAAGAGGAGUUUGAUUUCAGAGGACUGCGAAUGGACUGGCUAAGACUACAGGCUUAUACGAGUGUAAAUAAAGCACCCCUUCCACUGAAAGACUAUCCUGACAUGGCUAAAGUGAUGAACAUGAUCCAGUUUCACACCAGGAUGGUGGACAGUGUGGAAGAAAUGCUCUAUGAAACCUCGGAGCUCUCCAUAUUGUGCUUCUAUCCUCGUGUCUUUGAGAAGAUGUUCACUCAGAGCAGUGAGGAGAUGACCAUGAAGCGGUACCUCAUGUCCUUCCCUUCUGUCUGCUCUCACUUCAGUCAGUGUGGACACCCACUCUGCCCAGAAGAGGUCAGUAUUCUGUCAUCUGUUUGAAAUUACAUGCUUGACAACAGCUGGGACAAUAAAUUACACUUCAUAUGAAGGUUUAUAAACUACCCCGACUCUAGUAAAAAUUAUUAAAACUAAAAUACA